AUGGCGACAAUCGAAGAUAAAAUUGCAAGCAAGGGCCUGAAGAUACUGCUGAAGGAGACGGUGGAAAACGCAGAACUGAGGGCCCUGUAUGGCUCGGAUGAGCAGGUAUGGGCUGCAAUUGCCCACGCUCUGGACACUGCAGUCGACAAGGCGUCCCUCUACAAAUUCAUCACAAACAUUGCUGCCUGCGAUAAGGCGGGCACACUAGCCUGUCAGAGUGGCGUAGUAGCCAAGCUUGUGCUGCAGGCGAAGACAUAUUCGUCUCCGCAGCUGUGGAAGGCCCUGUCGAAUCUAAACCAGACUUCCCCAGACGAUCUGGCUGGCGUGGAUAUUGACUACGGCAAAGCGCUGAGUUUGGCCACAAUGCCUACUUUGCGUUUGAUUGAAGCCAAUGUGCGCAAAUUCCCCGAGUCGAGUGUGGUAUAUGCCAACAAUGGCGUACUUAUGGCCCUGCUCUCCCAAGUCAACGAUUGGUACGAAUCCAACGAGGUUGCAUUCCAGAUCGUGACCCGCAUUUUUAUUUAUAUUAUCGAGGCUAGAUUUGCUCCUACUGUUAUGGACGAUAUCGUCAGUAUUCAAAUGAUGGCAAGAUCAGUGGCGUUGCAAAAGGUGCUGGAUGCCGCCCUCAGCAUCUGUUACAAGCGGAUCAGCGAGCCGGUGGCCUAUGAUCUGAGCAUGGCUCUGGCAAAGUAUACAAAGCAUAUUUGCCGGGCUACUUUACCCUACUUUUCCAGCACUCACAGUCGCAAAACCCUCGAGGCUAUUUCCUGGUGGACAUGGCUUAUUUCCAACGUCGAGUCCCUGACGUUGAUUGCCAUGGCUGCUCGUGAGGAUUUGGGCGAAAAGAAUUUCGGACUGGUUCAGGCGCUGGUUGAUGUUCUCAUUGCCGCAAAGCAGUUGCCUCAACAUAACAAACUCGGCAAAGGAGACCAUGAGCUUGCUCCAUCGGAUUUCCCCAUGAUUAAAACCACCAUAAUCCCUCUUUUAAGCAUCCUAGUUGCUCAAAAUGAAUGGGCACAAACCUACUGCCGCACUAGCGGCGGACUACUGGCAAUUUUGGAGGCGUGCACCGUUGACGAAAACAACCCGUUCGUGCGAGAAAAGGCAAUCGUUUGUGUCCGCUAUCUUUUGCAGGAUAAUCAAGAGAAUCAGGAUUUCGUGGCUAAACUCGAGGCGAAAAAGGUUGUCAAUCCGGAAAUCCUCGAAAGAGCCGGCUACGAAGCGGAAAUCAAAGACGGUAAUAUUUCUGUCAAGACUAAAUAA